GUGUUUCUGGUCACAUGACAUGUUUAUUGCACAUACAUGUGACUCUUCUUCAUUUAAUAAAGAGCUGAAAGAAGCUUUAUUUCUGUGAGGAAAACAAUCUGCAACGAAACACUGCUGGAACAGCGACUCAGGAUGCAUCCUUCGUUCCUCUUCUGCGUUGCGGUGAUGGCCGUCUCCAUGGCACACCCUCACCUGACUCCCCUGUCCUCUGAGAUGAUCAACUCUAUUAACAAAGCCAACACCACCUGGACGGCUGGUCACAACUUCCAAAACGUUGACCUCAGCUAUGUGAAAGGACUUUGUGGGACGAUACUGAACGGGCCCAAGCUGCCAGAGGUAGUUCAUGACACCGAAGGCACAAAGCUUCCUGACAGCUUUGACCCACGCCAGCAGUGGCCCAACUGUCCCACACUCCAGCAGAUCAGAGAUCAGGGUUCCUGUGGGUCCUGCUGGGCGUUUGGGGCGGUCGAGGCAAUAUCUGACAGGUUAUGUAUCCAAAGUAAUGGUAAGAUCUCUCUGGAGAUUUCAGCUGAAGAUCUGCUGUCCUGCUGUGAUGAAUGUGGCAUGGGGUGUUUUGGUGGGUUUCCUUCUGCAGCCUGGGAAUUCUGGACGAACCAAGGAAUUGUGACAGGAGGCUUGUACAAUUCUAGCGUUGGUUGCAGACCCUACACCAUUGCCUCCUGCGAGCAUCAUGUAAAUGGAACACGUCCUCCCUGCCAGGGCGAAGUGCAGACCCCUCAGUGUGUGCAGCAGUGCAUCGACGGAUACUCGCUGUCUUACCCGAAGGACAAACACUUUGGCAAACGCUCGUACAGCAUCCCUUCCCAGCAGGAGCAGAUCAUGACUGAGCUGUUUAAGAACGGACCCGUGGAGGCAGCGUUUAGUGUGUAUGAGGAUUUUCUGCUGUACAAGACCGGAGUGUAUCAGCAUGUGAAGGGGGAGAUGCUUGGAGGUCAUGCCAUUAAGAUCCUUGGCUGGGGGGAGGAAAACGGCACCCCCUACUGGCUGGCUGCAAACUCCUGGAAUAGUGACUGGGGAGACAAAGGUUUCUUCAAGAUCAGGCGUGGAAAUGAUGAAUGUGGGAUUGAGUCUGAGAUGGUUGCAGGGACCCCACUCAUUUAGAUAAAAGAAGGCAUCAGCAAUCAACUGAAUAAAAAAUGGUCAAGAAACAUGGCAAUCAUUGCAAAAUUGUGUCCAAUAAAAUGAUUAAAUAUA